UAGCGACGCAUCACUGUUAAAACAGUCUGUUAAUGUGUCAGCAUGGGGUCCAGUGCACUGCCUCUCAUGCUUUUGCUGAUGUCCUUCAUCCACGCUGGACUCACUCAAGUGAGACCAAAAGCUGUAGUGAAGGUGACUCCAGAUGAGCAUGUGUUCAGAGGAGAGACAGUCACUCUCACAUGUGACAUACAGGGAGCAGGAGACACUCAGUGGAUAUACAGCUGGUUUAAAAAUGGUUCAGUCAUCAGAGACGUCACUGAGAGACUCUACAGCAUCACAUCGGUGUCUGAUAGUGCUGAAUACAGCUGUAGAGGAGAGAGAUCAGACUCACAGAGAUCAUCAGACAUCAGUGCUGCUGUUACACUGACUGUAUCAGAUCUGAAGCCAAAGCCUGAACUCACAUCAGAUCCUGCAGGAGCUGCACUGACAGGAAACACAGUGACUUUGAUCUGUCACAUGAAUCCAGCCACUGGAUGGGACUUUUACUGGUACAAACACACACUGAACUCUGAGACAAAGACACAAACAAACUCCUACAGAGUGAAGAUUGAUUCAGUGUCUGCUGGAGGCCAGUACUGGUGCAGAGCUGGAAGAGGGAAACCAGUCUACUACACACAAUACAGUGAUGCACUGUGGGUAAAUGUUACAGUGAGUCCUAAAGCUGUGGUGACUGUUCGACCUGAUGAACAAGUGUUCAGAGGAGAAACAGUCACUCUUAGAUGUGAUAUAAAGUGGGGAGGAGACACUGAGUGGACGUUCAGAUGGGAAACAGAGGGAACAAACUACCAAAAUAACUCAAUUUCAACACAAGAGCUGAACAUCAGCAGUGUUAAAGACUCUCACAGCGGUAAAUACAGCUGUAGAGGAGAGAUGGGAACACAACGCUCUCAGGGCAGUGAUGCUGUUACACUGAAUGUAUCAGCUGAAGCUCAGGCAGCAGUGCGAGUGUCUCCACAGCCGUGGCUGACUGAAGGAGACUCAGUGACUCUGAUCUGUGAGGUUACAGGCUCCUCUACAGGCUGGACGUUCAGCUGGUUCAGAGAUGACGAUCGUCUGUCAGACAGCAGCAGAGAAGCUGGAGGCUCUUACACUCUCAGUCCUGCUGCUCUACAGCACACAGGAGUUUAUACGUGCAGAACAGAUAGAGGACGGCCGGCCUAUUACACAAAGACCAGUAACACACAGACACUGUGGAUCACUGGUCAGGGGUCGCCGGUCUCUCUGGUGGUCCGUCCCAGCAGAAGUCAACACUUCUCGUCUGACUCUCUCUCUCUGAGCUGUGAGGAUCAGAGGAACUCUGCUGGAUGGACAGUGAGAAGAUACACCGACAGAAACACAGAAGAUUGUUCAAAACAAACAGGAUCUACAUGUCGACUCGUCUCUCUCAGCACAUCUGACUCUGGAGUUUACUGGUGUCAGUCUGAAUCUGGAGAGAAACGUCAUCCUCUCAACAUCACUGUACAUGAUGGUGAUGUGAUUCUGGAGAGUUCUGUUGAUCCUGUAAUUGAGGGAGAUACUCUGACUCUACACUGUUUACAUCGAUCUACAAACUCCUCGAUCAUCAGAGCUGAUUUCUAUAAAGACGGAUCCCUCGUCCAGAGUCAGAUGACAGGAGAGAUGAGCAUCACGAAUGUCUCAGAGUCAGAUGAGGGUUUCUACUACUGUAAAACAGAGAGAGGAGAGUCACUCCACAGCUGGAUCUCAGUCAGAGUCUCAGACUCUUCAUCUUCUCUUCUGGUCACUGCUGUGGUUGUGGGAUCCAGUGUUUUCUUGUUGAUCUUCAUCUCUCUGCUGCUGCUGUGGAGAUACAAGAAGAACAAAGAUUCUGAUCAUGUUUAUGACUACAUGACUGAAGUAAAAAAGAGGCACAAAGAUGAUCCAGAGUCAUAUUCGGAGGUCACAUAUACAGAGGUCUCAUGGUCAUAUGUGGAUAAAGAUGAUUCCAUGGCAGAGUCAAAUGAUGGGACAUACUCAGAAGUCAUAACAAAAAUAGAAAUGCAAAUACAAAGGUCUCCGAGUGCAGUGAAGACAACAGACGGCUAAAAGAGAUUCACAGCAGCAGACACAGUGACGCUUGCAUUGCUUCAGAAAUGAAUCUGAUUGAACUGCUUACACACGUGCUUGAUUCAGUUACUUUAGAGAUACACAUACACUGUAUUAUCUGUACACACGAGAGCAAACAAAUCUAUCAAUAAUAUAUAGUAAAACACUUUUACCAGUGAGCACUGUUGUUUAACACAAUUCAUAACUUAAAGUUAUCACAGCAAUUAAAUUGUUCAAAAUAAAGAAUAAAUAGUAUAAAAU